GAGAUGACACACAAAAGUUUACCAUCGAAUGUAUUUAUCACAAUUUUUAGAUUUUCAGAAACUAAAUUUGUAUUUUGAUCUUUCAUUUUCAGAGAGCUGUGUGCGAAUUAAGUUCAAGUUCACGUUCCCCAAUAACAACCCAUGCCACGCUAACCUUCUCCAUCCCAAUGACCCACCCUCUCCGAGUCGCAGUCAUCGGCGCUGGCGUGGCUGGCCUCGCCGCCGCGCGCUCCCUCCGCCGCGAGGGCCUCGACGUCGUCGUAUUCGAGAAAAGCAACCACCUCGGAGGAACAUGGAGCUACGAUCCGCGAACCGACUCCGACCCUGUGGGCUUGGACCCGAACCGGGAGGUGGUGCACACGAGCCUCUACCGUUCCCUCCGCACCAACCUCCCGAGGCAGCUCAUGGGCUUCCUCGACUACCCGUUCCCGAACCGCAACAAUGGUGACCCGAGAACGUUCCCGGGUCACGAGGAGGUGCUGUGGUUCUUGAACCGGUUCUCGGACGAGUUUGGGCUCCGCGGUCUGACCCGGUUCGGGAGCGAGGUGGUUCGGGUCGAGCUAGUUUCGGAAAAGAGUGACUCGUGGGUGGUUGAGUCGAGGAGGAAUCGUGACUCGGUUUUGACUCGGGAGGUUUUUGGAGCGGUUGUUGUCUGCACGGGGCACUUCACUCAACCCAGGUUACCCACAAUUCCUGGGAUUGAAAAGUGGCCAGGAUACCAAAUACAUAGUCACAAUUACCGAGUGCCAGAACCUUUUCAGGGUCAGAUCGUGGUUGUCAUUGGAUUUGCAUCUAGUGCCUUUGACAUCUCAAGAGAAAUUGCAAAGGUUGCUAAGGAGGUUCAUAUAGCAACUAGAAGUCCAGAUGUAAAGGUUAUGAAGCUAGCAAAUCAUGAUAACAUGUGGCAGCAUAAAAUGGUAAAAUGUGUGUCUGAAGAUAGGUUGGUUGCUUUUGACGAUGGAUCCUCUGUGUAUGCAGAUGUCUUAUUCUACUGCACUGGAUACAAGUAUCACUUUCCAUUUCUUGAAACAAAUGGAAUAGUAACAAUUGAGGAUAAUCGUGUUGGCCCAUUAUACAAGCAUGUCUUUCCUCCUGCAUUGGCUCCUUGGCUCUCUUUCAUUGGUAUACCUGAAAAGGAAGUCAUCUUCCAAAUGACGGAGUUACAAUGCAAGUGGGUAGCACGUGUUUUAUCUGGUAAAGUUCUCUUGCCAACUGAAAAGGAGAUGAUGGCUUAUGUUGAAGAAUACUAUCAACAAAUGGAAAAAGAUGGAUUUCCCAAGCAUAUGACUCAUUACUUGCAUUUUAAAGAGAUUGGCUAUUGCAAUUGGUUAGCUGCUAAAGCCGGUUUGCCUCCUAUAGAACACUGGAGGGAUGAAAUGUAUCUAGAGAGCAUCAAACCAGUAUUACUCGGAUUGCAAGAUAAUUACAGAGAUCAAUGGGAUGAUGCUCACUGGAAAGCAAUAAUAAAAGAUGCAUCUCUUCCACAAAAUGUAAAUUAGUAAUUCCCCUUGUAGAAGUGUCAGCUCCUGUCUGAACUUAGAUUACAAGUUAAGGUGUUAAACCACUUAUUGUACACUGUAUAUGUAAGAUGUUAAAAUGACUUUUAUAGGUAUUUUACAUAAGAAAGGUAUUAACUUUAUAGGAAAAAAAACUGAAGAGUUUUUACAGGGAUUUAAAUCAAAGACUCUUGAUCAAAGGGGUUUAGUUCAAUUGGUUGAAUAUGAUAUGUGAGUUAUGGUA